UUGUCAGUGGUGUCACUUGUGUGGGAGUCAUUUUUCAGCUCUGUCUGUGGUUUUCCUGAGUGAAUCGGAGAGUGAAAAGUGAUCUGUAGUUUGUGUACUCAGAAAAACCAGUUUAGCUUUUAAAGGACUUCAGGACAUUUACAUUUUUAUGCUUUUAUCAUGGCUGGACAUCUGCUGAUACUCAUCCUCACAUAUUUAGCUUUUGAAGUAAAAGGACAAGUUCUUCGUGCACCUAAACUGUUGGUUGAUCCUCCAGUGAUCACAGAGAAAGCCACAGUUACAUUAAACUGUCAGACUCCAUCACCUGUAUCUGAGUGUUUCUACAUUAUUGGAGGAAAACCUGCUAAACAGUUUUCAUGUCUGAAGAAACUGACAGGAACUGAGCUGUUGUCAAUUGUGGAACAAAGUCCACCAACUGAGAUUAAAGUAAAAUGUUUUUACCUUCAAACAUCUGCAUCGCCACACAGUGACUCAUUCUCCAUCACCAUUCAACCUCUUUUUCCACCUACACUGAUCAUUGAUCCUCCAGUGAUCGCAGAGACAGACUCAGUUACAUUAAACUGUCAGACUCCUUCAUCUGUGUCUGUAUCCAGGUGUUAUUUCUACACAUUAAGUGGAAGAAUUUUAGGAGACUCAUCAUGUGUACAGACACUGAAAGGGGCUGAACUGAUGGUGAAUAAACAUCUUCCUGCUGAAGUUAAACUAAAAUGUUAUUACACUGUAAACCACGGGGAGGCUGAUUCUCCGUCUCCUCACAGUGCCUUUACAUCUGUCACUGUACAAAGUCAAAAACCACACAUAACUGUUCAUCGUGAUGAAAGUUUUGUCAUUGUGUGUUCACUACCUGGAUCUGUGAAGGAUGACACACGAUGUAACCUGUACUUUGGAGAAUCAACUCGUCCCCAAAUAACAGCAACUACCUGGGGAAGAAAGACCUCAAACAAACAGAGGAUCUGCCAGUUUUUUAUCCCAGUGAAUGAAUUGUUGAGAUACCUUGAUGUAGUCCAGAAGAAAGAUGUGAGCUGUGAUUACAGUUUGUCAGACAGCUCUGUGUCUCCUCGUAGUGAUGGAUUCAGUUUGACUGAUAUUGUCAACACAGAGUCCAACAAGAAACCAGGUCUCACAAUGACACCAGAACUAGUGACUGAUUUCACAAACAUACCGACCUCUGAUGCAUCUCCUCUAAACCCAACAUCAGAAUACAACACUACAGAAAUAAUGACUGAUCCCACCAUCAGUCUGACCUCUGCUGCUCCUCCAUAUCCAACAUCAGAACACAAACCUACAGAAACAUGGAUGUGGAAUUUGCUGGUAGUUGUAGGUGUUUGUGAGGGAUCUGUGGGCGUCGUCUUGCUGGGAUUGAUGGCUCUGUUCGCUCAGAAAUGUAUUGAGAAUUGUGGACCCCUGAGGUCAAGGAGCAGCAUCGCUGAUGAAUGCAAAUAUGACUGUGGAUAUGUGCCAGGUGACAACUUUGGAAUGGCUGAUUAUGAUGAAAUUUACAGUGUUGUCACCUAUGAAUCAAAGAUUACUGGUAAGGAUAACAAAUACAAUCAGAAUCACACCAGAGGAGGGAGCUCAUCAGUCCAGACCCACCGUGUGCAGGACUGAGACGUCAAAUCCAAUCACUGUGUCUUGUUUUUAUUUUGCAAAGAAGAAAACAGUUUGUACAUGUUGUCAUUUAUAUGUAAAUUAAUAGAUGUUAAUCAUUAGAAAACACAUUUAUAUAAUUGUAAAUUGUAUUUACUUCAUUGGAUUUGUAAUAGAUGUAAAUAAGAAGACAUCAAAUGACAACAUGACUAAGAAAAAUAAAAACUGUGCGUAAUUAUAGCAAGAAAUUAAAAUAAAUAUAUAAAGUAUUUUUGUCUUAUUAGUUUAAAUGCAAGUUAGAUUAAAUGAUAAGAUGAUCUGAGUGCUGCUCCAUAGGAAGAGCCUGUAGGUGCAGUUUCUUAAAACUCCGUUUUGUGUCCAGUUCUUGAGUUAGAGUCAUUGACGCGAGACUUCUUUGAAAGUUUGAAGUAUUUACUGAAGAAAUGAUUCACAUUGCAACAAAAAUAUUGCAAAAAAUAAAGAAUCUUUCAUCCAUUACAGGAGAUCAGUAAAGCCUUGUAGUCACAGUCAAAGACUGUUGCGCUCUGACCCCCCUACUGGCUGAUGCAGCUUACUGCUUUAACAAGUAACACAAUGCAGAUAUUCAUAUCAAGCAUAUUAAAGAUUAAUGCUACAAAUUAGGUGACAGUUAUUUCUUUGAACUUUCAACCUAAACAUUGUACCUUAUAAAUUUAAACUAUUUUACACUAAUUUGCAUUAUGGCUCUAACAAGCCACUUAAAAUUACUUGUAGAAGAGCUGUUUAACCAUAUUAUUUUCAGGAAAAUUAAAAUUACAUGUUAAUUUACUGUCUUAUAAUACUCAUCCUGUCUCCUAUAGUUCACAUCAACAUUUAGUCAUGUUGUUUGUAAGUGAACUUUAACUUCUGCAUGACUAUGUUCACUUCCUGGUUUCAGGGUGAUGGACUGAUCAGUGUAUACGUGGUUGUUAAAACUGUUGCUGAGCAGGUGAUACAAGGCUGUGCUCUCAUUGGAGAAUGUAAGAUUCAUUCUGGGUGCAUUUUUGUGCCCUGCAGCCAAUCAGAGUUGUUUUUACUUGUCAUUGUUACAUGAUUGGAGGAUUUUUGCAGGAUUGCCAAGUUGCCUUGAGUGAGAUACACUUUCAGGACUCUAGAAUUAACAGGAAGCAGUUGAUUAACCCACUCUGAUGUCACAGAUAAUCAAGUUUAGUCCUUUUCAGUCCAUUACAUCUCUGUUUAGUCGCCUCCACCUCUGGGUUUUGCACCACAAGGACUGGAGUAGGAGGCCAAACACCACUUGGCUUUUCAACUAUGUCAGUCAUAUAGGAUUAUGAAUUAGCAACCGACUGACACAAAACUAUAACUGCUGUGUUCAUAUUCUCUUGGGAAUCUGUUUUCUUAUUGUUAAACUAUGUGACUUCCUUAAAUGCUUAAUGUAUGAUAGUGAUAUCUAGUGGUGAAGAUGCAGACUGAAAACCCCCAGCUACUCCAGCUGUGGCCACUAAAAACAUGACAGACCCUCCUUGGAGUAGGUGUUUGGUCUGUUCUGGGUUGUAUAUUUAAAGAAAAAAUAGCCCCGGUCCCUUCUUGGUAGGAGCUUUUAAGGCACCUCAGAGUUACUGCUUGUUACGAAAAAAAAAAAAAAAAAAAGAAAAGAAAAGACAAUAAAAUUCAGCAAAACAAGGUGGUUCAACAUGAAGGUGGGACAUUCACUCUUCACAUAUCAGUGCCUUUUCUACAUAACAGAAAUAUUGUCCUUAUUUUCUGGAGAUUAUAUACUCAUAGAAACAUAGGUAUGGAUAUUGUAUUCUGUUUAUUUUGAUUCAAUUGAGUUUGUAUUCUAUUUGUUGGUUGCUUGGAUCCCCUAUCUAUAAGCACUCUUGCUUCUUUGGGGUUCCCUUUCAUGUAUAUCUGUUGUAAAAUGCUCAUGUAUAUGUAUGUUUCUUUCUCUGUGCAUGAAUAAAAAAAAUAUCUGAAUCUUACACACUGAACUCACAGUUACAGCUAGUUAGCUUAGCAUAGCUUAGUUUAACACUGAGAGAACACAAAUCCGCUACUCACUGGGGUCAUCAUUUUAUCUUAACAUAUCAUACAU